AACCAGGGGCGGACUGACAACUCAUGGGGCCCCCGGGCAAUAGGGGAUCAUGGGGCCCCUGUGUCCUCACUCAAACCACACCCAAAAAAGCCUAUGAAAGGUACCAGGGGCAUCUCAUGGGGCCCCCUACUGACACCGGGCCCUCAGGCAGUGCCGAGUGCUCGAAUGGUCAGUCCACCCCUGGUUGUAACUGUUUACAACUGGAGUUCAGCUUCAAUUUGUCAGUCAGGUCCAUCUAAAUCUGCUAAUCUAAUACUACCCUCUCCCCACACUGACAAUUCUGCUGCAAUGCAAAACUGUAAUAAAUGUCCAUAUUUUAUUUUAUCAUUGCUG